AUGGAGAAUGGAAAUAACUCGGUGGUCACUGAGUUCAUUCUCUCAGGAUUGACAGAUCGUCCGGAGCUGCAGGUCCCCCUGUUUGUGUUAUUCCUACUGAUUUAUGUUGUCACCCUGGUAUGGAACGGGGGGAUGAUUUUGUUAAUCAAGACUGAUCCCCGACUACACACCCCCAUGUACUUUUUCCUUGGGAAUCUGUCUUUCUGUGAUCUCUGCUGUUCUUCAGUGAUUGCUCCUAAAAUGCUGCAGAAUUUCUUAGCCGAGAGGAAAAGCAUUUCUUACUCUGCCUGUGCAGUGCAAAUGUAUUUAUGUUUCUAUUUUCAAGAUAUUGAGUGUCUCUUGCUGGCUGUGAUGGCGUAUGACCGUUAUGUGGCCAUCUGUAACCCAUUGCUCUAUAGGAUCACCAUGUCCAGGUGGCUUUGUAAUCUGCUGGUGGCUGGGGUGUAUGGGGUGGCAUUGGUAGAUGCAACAACAAGCACAUACUAUACAUUUCAGCUGUCAUUUUGCAACUCCACGAUCAUCAAUCAUUUUUUCUGUGACAUGCCCCCAAUGUUGGCUCUUUCCUGCUCUGAAACUCGCAACAAUGAGAUUGUGAUGGUUGCGUUUGCAUGCUACAUUGUACUGACCAGUGUUGUGACCAUCCUCCUCUCCUAUGUCUGUAUCAUCUCCACGAUCCUGAAGAUCCGCUCUGCCGAGGGUCGGCACAAAGCCUUCUCCACCUGCACUUCUCAUUUGACUGCAGUGGGCAUAUUUCAUGGCACUCUUCUCUUUAUGUAUUUCCGACCCUCUUCCAGCUAUUCCAUGGACACUGACAAAAUAGCUUCUGUGUUCUACACACUGGUGAUCCCCAUGAUGAACCCCCUCAUCUACAGCCUGAGGAACACGGAGGUGAAGGGCGCACUGAGGAAAGCAAUGAAUAAACUCCUAAGGAUUUCUUGA